UUUAUGGGAAAUAGCUGUUUCACAUUUGUUGAGUGUUGAUUGGUUUUCCCGCUCCAGGAUUGAAUUUCUUGGAUCUGGGUGUUUCUUUUUCGAGAAAAACGACACGAAAAUGUAUUCUUCCAGCGUAUUAGCUGCAUAAUUGGAUGGAUUUGCAGGAGAAAUCGUUUUGUUUCUGUGGCAAAUUUGUGGAGAAGAAUGGGGUCUCGCCUGAAUUUCAACAACUUUGGAGAUGGUGGUCCAAGCAUGGAAGGAGACGGGUCGAAGCCAGGCAGCGAUUUCCCAUUGGCUAGGCAAUCAUCUAUAUACUCAUUGACCUUUGAUGAGCUGCAGAGCAACUUUGGUGGACUCGGGAGGGACUUUGGAUCGAUGCACAUGGAUGAACUGUUGAGGAAUAUCUCGACCGCCGAUGAGAAUCAGGCCGCCGCCGCUGCGGCGGCUUCGGUUCCUUCGAAUUUGCCGAGGACUCUGAGUUCAAAGACGGUUGAUGAAGUAUGGAAGUACUUGAUGAAAGAAACCGAUAGUGCUAAAGAUGGAGAAGCGAAUUCGCCGGCGAGGGGACCGACUCUCGGGGCGAUGACACUGGAGGAAUUCUUGUUGAAGGCACAGAUUGGAACGACAAAUAAUGGUAGAUUCAUCUGUAACAACUCCGCUUCGGCUCUGGCGUUUCGACCGGCGGAUUCGAACGAUGACGGACCGAGGUUACUAUUGAACACGAGUGGAUUCAAGUCAUCAUCGCAGCAACAACAGAAACAACCGCUUUUCCCCAAGCAACAAACACUUGGUAUUGCUCCUUGUAUGAAUGGUAAUCUGGUUCAAUCCAUCAUGCUGCAAUCCGAUCCGCCAUCGCCGGUUCCUUACGCAUUCGGCCAGGGGAGAAAAUGCAGCCCAGCUGUGGAGAAAGUAGUCGAGAGAAGGCAGAGGAGAAUGAUUAAGAACCGAGAGUCGGCUGCGAGGUCACGAGCUCGAAAGCAGGCCUAUACAUUGGAACUCGAGGCCGAGGUUGCUAAACUAAAAGAAACGAACCGAGAAUUGCGGGAGAAACAGGAAGAGAUGAUGGAAAUGCAGAACAAUCGGAUGCGAGAGAAAGUGAAUCGACCUUGGGGAAGUAAAAGACAAUGCUUGAGAAGAACAAUAACCAACCCUUGGUAGAACCUCAAAUCGCCGACGGUAAUAACCUUGCUCGGUCGUACGAUACGACGAUUAUGGUGUGCACCGAUUAUCAGUGUGUAUAAAAGAAGCAAAGGGUGUUUGAGAUGUAAAUUAUGAAACUCCAUACUAAUAGUUUAACUCUGUAUGUUGGAUUUCUCUAAUUGGCUUGUGCCUAUCAGAGUAUGCAACCUUCAUCUAUAAGCAAAAUUUUUUGUUUC